GAGGAGAAGACGAGUUGGCGGGCGUCGUCAGUGUCGCUCCUUCCGUCGCGCUCUCUCCGGUCCCUCGCGUUACCCGAAGGCACGGCCAUUGCCCCCUCCUCCCUGCGCGGAGAAGACCUAACUCCCCUCCACAGCCACAGCCGCAGCUAGCCAGCCGCCAUGGACGCCUACGAGCAGGUCCGCAUCAUCGGCAAGGGCUCCUUCGGCGUCGUCACGCAGAUCGUGCGCAAGUCCGACCGCAAGAUGCUGGUGUGGAAGGAAGUCAACUACGGCGCCAUGAGCGAGAAGGAGAAGCAGCUCAUCGUCAGCGAGGUGAACAUUCUUCGUGAGCUGCGUCACCCGCACAUUGUGCGCUACCUGGACCGAGUGAUCGACAAGCAGGCCACCAAGAUUUACAUCGUCAUGGAGUACUGCGAGGGCGGUGAUCUGGGUCAGUUCAUUAAGAGGAAAAAGCGUGAAGGCUCCUACAUCGAGGAGGGCUUCAUCUGGCACAUUUUCACGCACAUUUUCUUGGCGCUGAAGGAGUGCCACCGUCACCGCGAAGGCAACGCCAUCCGGCCCAUUCUUCACCGUGACAUCAAGCCCGGCAACAUUUUCCUAGACUCCAACAACAACGCCAAGCUCGGUGACUUUGGUCUCGCCAAGGAGCUCAGCAGCGAGUCUCGCUUCGCGCAGACAAACGUCGGCACGCCCUACUACAUGAGUCCCGAAAUGGUGAAUGAGAUGACCUACGACGACCGUUCAGACAUUUGGGCUCUGGGAUGUCUGCUGUACGAGAUGGCCACGCUAGGCCCCCCGUUCGAUGCGACAAAUCAGUUGGCACUGGCGAAGAAGAUUAACGCUGGCAAGUUCACGCGCAUUCCGUCGCAGUACUCCGAGGGUCUCUUCCAGGUUAUCCGGUGGAUGCUGCACAGGCAACGCUCGCGACGACCGAGAAUCGAGGACCUGGAGCGCGUCCCACAGCUGCAGCAGAGAUUACGUGCGUACGCUGCGGCGAACGCCCCGCAGCCCGCUGCUGAUCAGAACUUGCAGACGUCUUACAACCAGAAGAUGAAGGAGCUGUUAGGCAUCGAGGAAGAUCUCCGUCGCCAGGAAGCUGCUCUGAUGGCUCGUGAGAAGAAGCUGAAAGAGCUGGAGGUGGACUACAUGCGCCGCGAAAGCGAGCUGAAGAAGCGGGAACAAAUGGUGGAGAUGAUGACUCGCAAGCUUUCCUACAAUCCUGCCAAGGUCGGAUCUCCUACAACUUCAGAUGAUUCCAACUCCAGCGCAGACAACAACUUU